AUGGCCAGCAGCAGUAGGACCAGCACCGCCCCGCCACCCAGCCUCCCGCUCCUCCUGGGCCUGCUGCCCACCGUGGCGCUCCUCUCGCUGGGCCUCGUGGGCCUGGCGCGCGGCGACUGCUGGCUCAUCGAGGGCGAAAAGGGCUACGUGUGGCUGGCCAUCUGCAGCCAGAACCAGCCGCCGUACGAGACCUUCCCGCUGCAGAUCAACAACACGGUGCACGACCUGCGCCUCAACGAGAACAAGCUCAAGGCCAUCUUCUUCAGCUCGCUCAGCCGCUUCGCCAACCUCACCGACCUCAACCUCACCAAGAACGAGAUCUCGUACAUCGAGGACGGCGCCUUCGCCAGCCAGGCCAACCUGCAGGUGCUCCAGCUGGGCUACAACAAGCUGACCAACCUGACGGAGGGCAUCAUGCGCGGACUCGGCCGCAUGCACAGCCUCUUCCUGCAGCACAACCUCAUCGAGGUCAUCGCCAACAACGCCUUCUGGGAGUGCCCGAGCCUCGCCAGCCUGGACCUGUCGUCCAACAAGCUGGCGCGGAUCGACCCCACCACGUUCACCGUGCUCAGCCGCCUGAGCGUGUGCGAGCUGGCCAGCAACCCGUUCCACUGCGGCUGCGACCUCUUCAGCUUCCUCACCUGGCUGGAGGCGUUCAACAACGUCACGCACACCUACGACCGGCUGCAGUGCGAGUCGCCCAAGGAGCUCUUCACCUACCCGCUGCUGAGCCCCGUGCCCGGCCAUGGCCGGAACGCCCGCACCAUCCUGGCGUCCGUCUGCCGGGACGGCGUCAUGGGGAUGACCUCGCUGCCGCCCGACCUGGACGGCUCCGGCGGGGUGGCGGACAUCGCCGACCUCUCGGGGCCGUACCACCAGCCCACGGCCACCUCCCCGUCCAACCCCUCGUACAGCAUCAGCCUCAAGGUGCAGAUGGUGGGCUCGAACGUGGCCAAGCUCCUGGUCCAGCUGCCCAGCCCCUACAAGAAGAUGUACAUCCUCACCGAGUACAACCACAGCAGCGCGUCCGACGUCCGCAACCUCAAGAGCAAGAAGGAGGUGGUCACCCUCGAGAAGCUGACGCCGCAGACCAACUACACCUACUGCGUGGCGUCCAUACGCAACUCGCAGCGCUACAACCACACGUGCAUCGACUUCGCCACCCGGCCCGCGCCGCUGCAGGUCAUCAGUCCCUCGACCACCACCCACUACAUCAUGACCAUCCUGGGCUGCCUGUUCGGGAUGGUCAUCGUGUUGGGCCUGGUCUACUAUUGCCUGCGGCGGCGCCGGAUGCAGGAGGAGAAGGAGAAGUCCAUCAGCGUCAAGAAGACCAUCCUGGAGAUGCGCUACGGGCCCGAGGCGGCCGCCGCCAACGACCCGGAUGCCCUGCAGAAGCUCCACGAGCAGACGCACCACCAGCAGCAGCAGCAGCACGGCAAGAUGCCCUCGUCCACGUCCUCCAGCCUGGGCAUGCUGCACGGCUCGGCCAACACCAGCACCUCGCGGCUCUCCUCGCUGCCGCAGGUGGAGAAGAUGGCCACCGCCUUCUCGGAGGCCAUCGCCGCCAGCAAGGGCAACUACAUGGACAUCCGCACCUCGGCCGGAGGAGGAGGCGGAGGGAUCGGGGGCGGCGAGGUCUGCGACGGAGGCCUGACGGGAUUGGCCGGGGGCAUCCUGCGGGGCGAGAACGGACCCGAUGGCGGGGAGGACUCGGACGACGACGACGACGGCCGGGGCUCCACGUCCGAGAUCUCCACCAUCGCCAAGGAGGUGGACAAGGUCAACCAGAUCAUCAACAACUGCAUCGACGCGCUCAAGCUCGACUCGGUGGCGGUGGCAGCGGCGGCAACGACGGCGGCAGACAACCCGGUCCCCGCCUCGCCUGCCUGCAUCACGACUCUUCCCCAGAGGCUCAUUCCCCUCUCCCCUGGCAUCACCGAAUCCUGCAAGGUUCUGGCAUCGCCCAAACUGCCCCAUCCGGUCCCGGUGAUUCCUCUGGUUCUGCCGCUCCUGGAGCGGCCCGGGAUCAGCGGAGGGGGGUUCCUCUCGCCCCCCUACCGGGACCCGCCCCCCGCCUCGGCGACACGCCCCCUGCAGAGGCAGCUGAGCGCCGACGCCGCUGUGGUGGUCAUGGCGCCCCCUAGCGGCAAGGCGCCUCGCUGCAGCGUCUCCUCCUCCUCCUCGGCCGGCGGUGGUCGCAUAUUCAGCCUGGAUGUGCCCGAGCAGCGGAGCCCCGGGGCCCGCAAGUACGCCGACCAGGGCAGCCCGGGGAGGGCGGGGUUGGCAGCGGGGGCGCGGUGCGGCGAGGUGCCCAUGGAGAGGCUGCCUCUGGUGGGUGUCCAGGGCUGUGGCGGGGGGGCAGGUGGUGACACCAGGGGAGGAGGUGGUGGCGGUGGGGGCAGUGGUGGUGGGGGUGGCAGCUGUGUCGGUGUCGGAGGUGUUGGAGGUGUUGGAGGUGUUGGAGGUGGUGGUGGUGGUGGUGGUGGAGGCACUGGUCAGCCGCAGCAGCACCACCUGGAGGUGCACCCAGACUACCACUGCUCAGAACACCGGCACUCCUUCCCUGCCCUCUACUACGAGGGCGCCGCCGACUCCCCCGCCCAGAAGGCCUCCUUCCUCAAGCCCCUCACACGCACCAGGAGGGACGCCGCCUACUCCCAGCUCUCGCCCCGGCACCACCACCACUACUCGGGCUACUCGUCCAGCCCCGAGUACUCGUCUGAGACCACCCUCAGGAUCUGGGAGCGCUUCCGCCCGUACAAGAAGAGCCCCAGAGAGGAGGCCUACAUCGCCGCCGGGCACGCCCUGCGCAAGAAGGUCCAGUUCGCCAAGGACGAAGACCUGCACGACAUCCUCGACUACUGGAAGGGGGUAUCCGCUCAGCAGAAACUGUGA